GAGGAGGAGCUGGAGGGGGCGCGGCUUCCGCCUCGUCGCUCCUGGGCGCCGGGCCUCCUCCGCCUGGCUCAGGGCUGGCGGCGAGCGAGGGUCGCGGCAGCGGUGGAGGCAGAGGCGGCGGCGCUGGCGGGCCGCGGGCGGCAGGAGCCUGACUCGGGCUCCGGUGUUAGGAGAUAAGAUGGCGGCGGCGCCCUGGAGGCCGGUCUCCUCCUCUUCUUCGCUCUCCUCCUCCCGGUUGCUCGCCGCCGCCUCCUCCUCCGUCUCCUCCUCCUCGUUCGCUGCCUCCUCCUCCUGCAGCAGCACUAGCGAUCGCCGAAGCGCCGGCCCGCUCUCCCCGAGCUCCGAAGGGGGAUAGACGGGGCAGCUGCAGGCUCCAGCGACCGAGGCAGAGCUGGGGCCGGGGCGGGGACGGCGGCGGCGGCGGCGGCGGCGGCGGCGGCGCCGGGUGGGGAUGGGGUCGCAGACGCUGCAAAUCCUCCGGCAGGGGGUGUGGGCCGCGCUCAGCGGGGGCUGGUACUACGACCCUCACCAGGCCACCUUCGUGAACGCGCUGCACCUCUACCUGUGGCUCUUUCUGCUCGGCCUGCCCUUCACCCUCUACAUGGCCCUUCCUUCUUCCAUGAUUAUAGUAGCAGUUUAUUGUCCUGUGAUAGCUGCUGUUUUCAUUGUUCUGAAGAUGGUCAACUAUCGGCUACACAGAGCACUUGAUGCUGGAGAAGUUGUAGACAGGAGUGCAAAUGAGUUCACAGAUCAGCGAGCCAAAGUUGAACAAGGCAACUGUUCAGCUAGGAGAAAAGACAGCAAUGGGCCGAGUGAUCCUGGUGGAGGGAUUGAAAUGUCUGAAUUCAUUCGAGAGGCCACACCCCCAGUUGGUUGCAGUUCAAGGAAUUCUUAUGCUGGUCUAGAUCCAAGCAACCAGAUUGGAUCUGGUUCCUCUCGUCUUGGAACAGCAGCAACUAUUAAAGGCGAUACAGACACUGCUAAGACUUCUGAUGAUAUCAGUUUAAGUCUGGGCCAAAGCUCUAGUCUUUGUAAGGAAGGAAGUGAAGAACAAGAUUUGGCAACUGAUCGGAAGCUCUUCCGCCUGGUGUCCAAUGACUCCUUCAUCUCCAUUCAGCCUUCCAUAUCCUCUUGUGGACAGGAUUUACCAAGGGACUUCAGUGACAAAGUGAGCCUGCCAAGUCAUAGCCACAGCCACCAUCACCACGUCGACCCGUCUCUUUCCAGCGCCUGUGACACGGAAGUGGCUUCUCUCGUACCUUUACAUUCUCACUCUUACAGGAAAGAUCACCGACCACGAGGUGUACCACGGACUUCCAGCUCUGCAGUGGCUUUUCCAGAUACUUCACUGAAUGACUUCCCUCUCUAUCAGCAAAGACGUGGGCUAGAUCCAGUCAGUGAGUUAGAAUCUUCCAAGCCUCAUUCUGGAUCCAAGGAAUCCUUGGUGGAAAAUUCUUGUUUAUCUGGGGAAUUUCAGCUUGUUGGUGACCUGAAAAAAAGCAGUUCUCAGCCACCCACAAGAAGUGGGAAGAGUAAACCUUUGAAAGCAGACAAAAGUGUGGACAGCUUGAGGAGCCUGAGCACGCGGAGCAGUGGGUCUACCGAGAGCUACUGCAGCGGGACAGACCGUGACACUAACAGUACUGUCAGCAGCUAUAAAAGUGAGCAAACCAGCUCAACUCACAUAGAGAGCGUCCUGUCAGAGCAUGACGAGUCUCCUAAAGUAGGAAAGAAAAGUGGUAGGAAAAAAGAAAACUGUGUUGAUGCAGAGGAAAAGAGUAGCUGUACCAGUGACAAAAGGACUAGUAGUGAAAAGACUGCUUUGGAAGGGAGUACAAAUAGCAGGGUUCAAGAGGCCAAGGAUUCUAAUACCUCCAGUGAUACACACAAUCAGAGAGGUCUCAGCACCUCUGCAUCCGAAGACGCCAAUAAAAAUCCCCAUGCAAAUGAAUUUACUUCACAGGGGGACAGACCACUUGGGAAAACAUCUGAAAACAAAGAGGAGCAACAGAGUGACAAAUCAGCUGUUUCAGUGGAUUCAAAAAUUUGUAAAGAUGUUGGUGGAAACCAAAAGGAAGGGGAUGUACGACCUAAGUCUUCUAGCUUAAUCCACCGGACAGCCUCUGCCCACAAGUCAGGCAGGAGACGGACAGGAAAAAAACGGGCCAGCAGUUUUGACUCAAGUCGGCAUAGGGACUAUGUUUCCUUUCGAGGUGUUUCUGGUACCAAACCACAUAGUGCUAUAUUUUGCCAUGAUGAGGACUCAAGUGAUCAAAGUGACUUGAGUAGAACAUCAAGCGUUCAGUCUGCUCACCAGUUCAGCAGUGAUAGCUCUUCUAGCACCACCUCUCAUUCGUGUCAGUCUCCUGAGGGCAGGUAUAGGGCUCUAAAGACCAAACACAUUCAUAAAGAGAGGGGCACAGACUCUGAACACACACACAAGACUCAUUUGUGUCCUGAAGGAACCGGCAAAAAGCGGACAACACGACGGACUUCCAGCACAAAUAGUGCCAAGACUCGUGCCCGAGUGUUGAGCCUGGACAGUGGCACAAUAGCGUGUUUAAAUGACUCAAAUAGGCUCAUGGCACCUGAAAGUAUAAAACCAUUAACCACUUCAAAAUCAGAUCUUGAGGCCAAAGAGGGAGAGGUGCUAGAUGAGCUAUCUUUAUUGGGAAGGGCUUCCCAGUUAGAGACAGUCACUCGAUCCAGGAAUAGCUUGCCAAGCCAGGUUACAUUUCCUGAAGGGGAAGAGCACGAUGCAGUCAGUGGAGCAGCACAGGCCAGCGAGGAGGCAGUGUCAUUUCGCCGUGAACGCAGCACAUUUAGGCGCCAGGCAGUACGGCGCCGCCACAAUGCAGGGAGUAACCCUACCCCUCCUACAUUGCUCAUCGGAUCACCCCUAAGCCUUCAAGAUGGUCAGCAAGGCCAGCAGUCCACAGCCCAGGUCAAAGUCCAGUCCCGCCCCCCUUCCCAGGCUGCAGUGCUCAGUGCUAGUGCCUCCUUGCUGGUGAGAAAUGGGAGUGUCCACUUAGAAGCAUCACAUGACAAUGCAUCUGCUGUAGGCGGCAGCAGUUUGCACGAUGAACUUGGUAAGUUCUCUUCUACGCUCUAUGAGACUGGUGGCUGUGAUAUGUCACUUGUGAAUUUUGAACCAGCAGCAAGAAGAACAUCCAAUAUCUGUGACACGGAUUCUCACGUAUCCAGUUCUACCUCAGUUCGAUUUUAUCCACACGAUGUGCUUUCUCUUCCACAGAUUCGACUGAAUAGAUUAUUGGCCAUCGACACAGAUUUGUUGGAGCAACAAGACAUUGAUCUAAGCCCUGACUUGGCAGCUACUUAUGGUCCAACAGAGGAAGCUGCCCAAAAGGUUAAACACUAUUAUCGUUUUUGGAUCCUGCCCCAACUAUGGAUUGGCAUUAACUUUGACAGACUCACACUUUUGGCCCUGUUUGAUAGAAAUCGUGAGAUCCUGGAAAAUGGGUUAGCUGUCAUUCUGGCUAUUCUUGUGGCUUUUUUGGGAUCUAUUCUUCUCAUACAAGGCUUUUUCAGAGAUAUCUGGGUCUUCCAGUUCUGCCUGGUGAUAGCCAGCUGCCAGUACUCACUACUCAAGAGUGUUCAACCAGAUUCUUCUUCUCCCAGACAUGGUCAUAAUCGUAUCAUUGCCUACAGUAGACCAGUUUAUUUCUGUUUAUGUUGUGGUCUUAUUUGGCUCUUGGAUUAUGGUAGCAGAAACAUUACUACAACCAAGUUCAAAUUGUAUGGAAUAACUUUCACCAACCCACUGGUACUUAUAUCAGCCAGGGAUUUAGUUAUAGUGUUUACACUCUGUUUCCCAAUAGUAUUUUUCAUUGGUCUCCUGCCUCAGGUGAAUACAUUUGUAAUGUACCUUUGUGAGCAAUUGGAUAUUCAUAUAUUCGGUGGUAAUGCCACAACAAGCCUACUUGCAGCACUUUACAGUUUUAUCUGUAGCAUUGUGGCAGUAGCCUUAUUGUAUGGAUUGUGUUAUGGUGCUUUAAAGGAUUCUUGGGAUGGCCAGCAUAUUCCAGUACUUUUCUCCAUUUUUUGUGGUUUGUUAGUGGCGAUAUCCUAUCAUCUCAGCCGACAAAGUAGUGAUCCAUCUGUACUUUUCUCUUUGGUACAAUCCAAGAUUUUUCCAAAAACAGAAGAGAAAAAUCCAGAAGACCCCCUGUCUGAAGUAAAAGAUCCACUGCCUGAAAAACUUAGAAAUUCUGUUAGUGAACGUCUACAGUCUGACCUAGUAGUAUGCAUUGUUAUUGGUGUGCUGUAUUUUGCUAUUCAUGUAAGCACAGUAUUCACAGUAUUACAGCCUGCUCUCAAGUAUGUGUUAUAUGCAUUGGUGGGCUUUGUGGGUUUUGUGACCCAUUAUGUGCUGCCUCAGGUUAGGAAACAGCUACCGUGGCACUGUUUUUCUCAUCCUCUGCUGAAGACAGUCGAGUAUAAUCAAUAUGAAGUUCGAAAUGCAGCCACUAUGAUGUGGUUUGAGAAACUUCAUGUGUGGCUUCUUUUUGUGGAGAAGAAUAUCAUCUAUCCAUUGAUUGUUCUCAAUGAGCUUAGUAGCAGUGCAGAGACAAUUGCUAGUCCAAAAAAACUGGAUACAGAAUUAGGUGCUUUAAUGAUCACCAUUGCUGGUUUGAAGUUGCUGCGAUCCUCUUUUAGCAGCCCUACUUAUCAGUAUGUCACAGUCAUCUUUACCGUUCUCUUUUUCAAAUUUGACUAUGAAGCUUUUUCAGAGACCAUGCUAUUAGACCUCUUCUUCAUGUCCAUACUCUUCAACAAGCUUUGGGAACUCCUUUAUAAAUUGCAGUUUGUGUAUACCUAUAUUGCCCCGUGGCAAAUUACAUGGGGUUCUGCUUUUCAUGCUUUCGCUCAGCCCUUCGCAGUGCCUCACUCAGCCAUGUUGUUUGUUCAGGCUGCUGUUUCAGCUUUCUUUUCUACUCCACUAAACCCCUUUCUGGGAAGUGCCAUAUUCAUCACUUCCUAUGUUCGACCUGUGAAAUUCUGGGAGAGAGACUACAACACAAAACGAGUGGAUCAUUCAAAUACCAGAUUGGCUUCUCAGCUUGAUAGAAAUCCAGGAUCAGAUGACAACAAUCUGAAUUCCAUCUUUUAUGAACAUUUAACCAGAUCCCUGCAACACAGUCUGUGUGGUGAUUUGCUGCUAGGACGGUGGGGAAACUACAGUACUGGAGACUGUUUCAUUCUGGCCUCUGACUACCUCAAUGCAUUAGUACACCUUAUCGAGAUAGGCAAUGGUCUAGUCACCUUCCAGCUGCGGGGACUUGAAUUCAGAGGUACUUACUGUCAACAACGGGAAGUGGAGGCCAUUACUGAGGGCGUAGAGGAGGAUGAAGGAUUUUGCUGCUGUGAACCUGGCCAUAUUCCUCAUGUGCUUUCAUUUAAUGCUGCAUUUAGCCAGCGCUGGCUCGCUUGGGAAGUGAUAGUCACUAAAUAUAUUCUGGAGGGUUAUAGCAUCACUGACAAUAGUGCUGCGUCUAUGCUUCAAGUCUUUGAUCUUCGGAAAGUUCUCACCACCUACUAUGUUAAGGGUAUCAUUUAUUAUGUUACAACCUCCUCUAAGUUAGAGGAGUGGCUAGCGAACGAGACAAUGCAAGAAGGACUACGUCUCUGCGCAGAUCGAAAUUAUGUUGAUGUGGACCCAACGUUUAAUCCAAACAUUGAUGAAGACUAUGACCAUCGACUAGCAGGCAUAUCCAGGGAGAGUUUCUGUGUGAUUUACCUCAACUGGAUAGAGUAUUGCUCUUCUCGAAGAGCAAAGCCCCUGGAUGUGGACAAAGAUUCAUCCCUGGUGACUCUGUGUUACGGACUCUGUGUUCUGGGACGGAGAGCUUUGGGGACUGCCUCCCACCAUAUGUCUAGUAAUUUAGAAUCAUUCCUCUAUGGAUUGCAUGCCCUAUUUAAGGGCGAUUUCCGUAUUUCUUCAAUUCGAGAUGAAUGGAUCUUUGCUGACAUGGAAUUGCUAAGAAAAGUGGUAGUCCCUGGAAUCCGUAUGUCCAUUAAACUUCAUCAGGAUCAUUUUACUUCUCCAGAUGAAUAUGAUGACCCUACUGUCCUCUAUGAAGCCAUUGUGUCUCAUGAAAAAAACCUUGUAAUAGCCCACGAAGGGGAUCCCGCAUGGCGGAGUGCAGUCCUUGCCAACUCUCCCUCCUUGCUUGCUUUGCGGCAUGUCAUGGAUGAUGGCACCAAUGAAUAUAAAAUCAUCAUGCUCAACAGACGCUACCUUAGCUUCAGGGUCAUUCAAGUGAACAAGGAAUGUGUCCGAGGUCUCUGGGCAGGGCAACAGCAGGAGCUUGUCUUUCUGCGUAACCGUAACCCAGAGAGAGGUAGCAUCCAAAAUGCAAAGCAAGCUCUGAGAAACAUGAUAAACUCAUCUUGUGAUCAACCCAUUGGCUACCCAAUCUUUGUCUCACCCCUGACAACUUCUUACUCUGACAGCCAUGAACAGCUUAAGGAAAUUCUUGGGGGACCUAUCAGCUUGGGAAAUAUUAGAAACUUCAUAGUAUCCACCUGGCACAGAUUAAGGAAAGGUUGUGGAGCUGGAUGUAACAGUGGUGGCAAUAUUGAAGAUUCUGAUACUGGAGGUGGAACUUCCUGCACCAGUAACAAUGCAACAACUGCCAAUGAUCCCCAUAGUAAUGUGCCCCAAGGAAGCACUGGAAAUCCAGGGCAAGGAACAGGAGCAGGACUCCAUCCACCUGUCACAUCUUAUCCUCCAGCACUAGGCACCAGCCACAGCUCUCACUCUGUACAGUCAAGCCUGGUCAGACAGUCCCCUGCACGGGCCUCAGUAGCCAGCCAGUCCUCUUACUGCUAUAGUAGCCGGCAUUCAUCUCUCCGGAUGUCUACUACAGGAUUUGUGCCUUGUCGGCGCUCUUCCACCAGUCAGAUAUCACUUCGCAACUUACCUUCAUCCAUCCAGUCCCGCCUCUCUGUGGUGAACCAGAUGGAACCCUGCAGUCAGAGUGGCCUGGCCUGUGUGCAGCACGGCCUUCCUUCUUCCAGCAGCUCCAGCCAAAGCAUCCCAGCCUGCAAACAUCACACUCUCGUGGGCUUUCUUGGGACAGACGGAGGUCCGAGUAGUGCCACUGAUGCACAGCCAGGCAGCAGCUUAAGUCCUGCCAAUAAUUCACACGCCAAAAUGGGGGAAGUGGUUUACAGAGUCCAAAUUGUGGAUCCCAGUCAAAUUCUGGAUGGGAUCAACCUAUCAAAAAGGAAAGAGCUGCAGUGGCCAGAUGAAGGAAUUCGGUUAAAAGCUGGGAGAAACAGUUGGAAAGACUGGAGUCCUCAGGAAGGCAUGGAAGGCCAUGUGAUUCACCGAUGGGUGCCUUGCAGCAGAGAUCCAGGUACUAGAUCCCACAUCGACAAGACAGUACUUCUGGUCCAGAUUGAUGAUAAAUAUGUGACUAUAAUUGAAACUGGGGUACUAGAACUUGGAGCUGAAGUGUGAGCCAGUGUUUUAUAACUACAUUUCUUUUCCCUCUCAAUUUCAAGACAUUGGAAAAAGAGAGGAGCGUGCAGAAGAUGCCUGCAGGCAUCACUUUGAUCCUAUGUGAGAGAGACUUGAAAAUAGAGUGGGCUUGGUUAAGCACCUCUCCUUUACCCUUCACCCUGACUUCUGUCACUGUCUCCAUCCUCAAAUAAAGCUGAAAUAUUUUUUUAAGUUAGCUACUGAGGAAACAUUUUGCAUGAAGGAUAAAGUUCUGUUAAAAUACAUCC